AUGUCUAAAUCCAAAGAUGUUGCAAAGAGUUACCAGCAAGUGUCGGUUUUUCAAAGAGAGGAAGGGAAAAAACUGAUCGAUGAUCUAGAGAUUCAUCGCGGACAUGUUAUCCUAGAUUUGGGCUGCGGCACUGGAGAAUUGUCUGCGUAUCUUUCCGAGCUUGUUGGACAAGAUGGAAGAGUCGUUGCCGUCGAUCCCGACAGUUAUCGGGUAGAAGUGGCGCGAGAAUCACACACGCAAGUCAAAAAUCUCGAAUUUCAUGAAGGAAGCUCUGCCAGCUUCCCAGGAAUGGGCUCGGAGACUUACGACGUCGUAUUUUCCAACUUUGUGUUGCACUGGAUUCAGGAUAAAGAAGAAGCAUUCAAGAACAUGUUUCGGAGCCUGAAACCAGCAGGGAAAAUUGUCUUGACUUACUCCGAUCGCUCAGCUUCCAUCUACCAUAAAACUUAUAGUGAACUUCAAAACUCAGAAAGCAUGGAACGGUUGCUAAGCAAACUUUACUUCGAGAGAAAGUCAAAAAUUGAGGGCACGUGUUCGGCUGCGGGAUUCGACAUCUUGAAAAGUAUCGAAGUCAAGAUGAAAGAUUUUGAGUUCGAAAAUGUUGAAAGUAUGUGCUUAUUUUUCUCGGCAAGUAAUCAAGGCAGGUUUGUUUCAGAGCUAGCCACGAAAGAUAAGGUAUCGAGGUUUUGUGCUCGGUACACAAGCGGGGAAAACUCUAAACCGUUGACGGUUUAUACUGAUGAAGGAGAUUAUUACUGCGUAUUAAUUGCAGCCAAACCAUAAAGAAAGUGUCGACCUUUUAGAUUGUAAUCAAAAUUGCAAUUAGAAAACGUUGUUUAAGUAUUCGGGUUCCAGUCGAAUCCGGAAUGCGUCGUCUUCAAUUUUAAAUUUUGUCGUGUUAACAAAACUUAGUACCAUUUCUUUUAAUUCUGCAGAGCGCCGAGCAGAUUGCGUGUCAAUAGCAAAGUAUUUUUGUUCCAGAUGGAACUGCUUUGUAUCGUUGAGAAUCGGUCCAAGUUGUAAGCUUUGAUUUGGCUUUCCCUGAAAACAACCGAUGUAAUCUCGGUACAAGCGUUUAUGCCGCAUGCAAUUGAACAUUUUCCUCUGUUAAGUUAGUUGUUACAGCAGACAAUAUUUUGUGUCACAGAGAGUUAAUUUAGUCAUGUUGCUCUGUAGGUUAUGGUUGAUUGCGCAAAAUGUCAGAAAACUUUUCAGCUAAGUUCAAGUUUGAAAUUCUAAACCGUUGACGGCUUAUACUGAUAAAGGAGAUUAUUACUGCGUAUUGAUUGCAGACAAACCGUAAAGAAGGUGACUAUCUUUUAGAUUAUAAUGAAAAUUGUAAUUAUGGAAGGUUGUUUAAGUAUUCGGGUUCCAGUCGAAUCUAGAAUAUGUCGUUUUUAACUUUAAAAUUUGUAGUGUAAACAAGGCUUAUUAUCAUAUCUUUUGUGAUGAUGCGAUCUCGGUAGCAUUUAUGACGCAGGAAAUUGAACAUUUUCCUCUGUGAACCAAGUUCUUACAGCAAACAAUAUUUUGUGUCACAGAGUGUUAAUUUAGUCACUUUGCGGUAUAGGUCAUGGUUGAUUGCGCAAAAUGUCAGAAUACUUUUCAACUACUGCGCAGGCGGCUAACGCAGGGUUCUCACAGUCAUAUGAAGAGGGUCGUGGUUAAAAGGGAUGACCCAAAAGGACCUCAUUAGUUAAAAGAGAUGACCCAAAAGGACCUAAGCUAAGCAAGCCUUUGUUAUAAGGGGGUCCAAUGUACAAGCGCAACUUCGCCCUUGAAUGAGUUUGGGGGCCUUGAACAACACAAGACGGCGAGAGGUCUUCAGGUGGUCUGACACUAAUUACUGGUUACUGAUCCCUUGCAGACAUAUCACGGGCACGCUUUACCAAGAUUCGGUCGCCUAAGCUUGAGCAAUAAACAAAAAUGUCCAAAUCCAAAGAUGUCGCAAAGAAUUACCAGCAAGUGUAGCUUUUUCAAAGAGAGGAAGGAAAAAAACUGAUCGACGAUGUAGAGAUUCAUCGCGGUCAUGUUAUCCUAGAUUUGGGCUGUGGCACAAGAGAAUUGUCUGCGUAUCUGUCCGAGCUCGUCCGACAAGAUGGAAGAGUCGUUGCCGAACUCUUUUACACUGGUACAUUUCCUUACGCUUGCACGGCCUCUACGAUACCUUCUUUUCUGCUUUUUAUUCAAAACAAUAAAUAUAAUGAUUUAUUUCUACUUGUGUGUCUUCAACAACAACGGCAGCAAUCCAUUGUUCUAUGAAGAACAGCUUUCCGCCACUGGAGCACGCAACGGCUUUGGUUGGAUAUCUUUCACGCAUCGCUUGGUAGUUAACAAGUGAAAAAAAACAGCAAUAACAACCGUAGAAAAAACGCUCUUUUUCCGGCUCGAUUGAUUCCUUGCGUAAAUCACUCAUACUGUGUAGAGUCCAUCGUUUUUCUAUCAACCACGCAAUAAAAAAAGUAGAAUUAAUCCAUUCUCCCAGAGGUCAUUAUUUGGCGACCAUGCCGCUGACAAGGAGCCAAAUUGACCCUGGCUUUGGGGUCUUGACGACAGCCAGAGGUCUUCAGGUGGUCUGGCACUAUUUAUUAGUGCCAGAUCCCUUGCGGACGGGUCACAGGCACGCUUUACCCAGAUUCUGUUGCUUGAGCAAGUGAUCAGAAUGUCCAAUUCCAAACAUGUUGCAAAGAGUUAUCAGCAAUUAUCGCUUAUUCAAAGAGAGCAUGGAAAAAAACUGAUCGACGAUGUACAGAUUCAUCGCGGACAAGUUAUCCUAGAUUUGGGCUGCGGCACUGGAGAAUUGUCUGCGUAUCUUUCCGAGCUCGUAGGACAAGAUGGAAGAGUCGUUGCCGUUGAUCCCGACAGUUAUCGAGUAGAAGUGGCGCGAGAAUCACAUAGGGAAGUCAAAAAUCUCGCAUUUCAUGAAGGAAGCUCUGCCAGCUUCCCAGGAAUGGGCUCGGAGACUUACGACAUCGUCUUCUCCAACUUUGUGUUGCACUGGAUUCAGGAUAAAGAAGAGGCUUUUAAGAACGUAUUUCGGAGCCUGAAACCAACAGGGAAAAUUGUCGUGAGUUACGGCGAUCGCUUGCCUUCCAUCAUCGAUAAAAUUUAUCGAGAACUUCAAAACUCAGAAAGCAUGGAGCGUAUGCUAAGCAAACUCUAUUUCGAGAGAAGGUCAAAAAUCGAAGAGAUAUGUUCGGCUGCGGGGUUCGAAAUUGUAAAAAGUGUCGACGUCAAAAUGGAGGAUCUUGAGUUCGAAGAUGUUGAAAGCCUGUGCUCAGUUAUCUCGGCAACCAAUCAAGGCAGGUUUGUUUCAGAGCUAGCCACGAGAGAUAAGAUAUCGAGGUUUUGUGCCCAGUAUACAAGCGGGGAAAAUUCUAAACCGUUAACGUUUUUCAUGGAUGAAGAUUAUUUCUACGUGUUGAUUGCAGCCAAACCAUAGAGAAGAAGACGGCCUUUAAGAUUAUAAUUGAAAUUGCAAUUAGAAAAGGUUGUUUAAAUUUUUCGUCCAAUCUGGAAUAUGUCGUUUUUAACUUUAAUUUUGUGGUGUAAACAAAACUUAUUACCAUUUCCUUUAAGUCUGCAGAGCGCUAAGUAGAUUGCGUGUCAACAGCGAAGAAUUUUUGUCCCUGAUGGAACUGCUUUGUAUCGAUGAAGAUCGGUUCAAGCAGUAAACUUUGAUUUUGCUUUCUCUGAAAACAACUGGUGCGAUCUCGGUACUUGUAGGCAAUUGAACGAUGUCGUCAGUUUAGUUAGUUCUUACAUCAGACAAUAUUUUUGUCACAGAGUGUUAAUUUAGUAAUGUUGCGGUGUAGGUUAUGGUUGGUUGCGUAAAAUGUCAGAAUACUUUUCAGCUACUGCGCAGGCGCGUAAUGCAAGGUUGUCACGGUCAGAUGAAGUGGUAGUUUGUUUAGCAGGCUUCAUUGUGGGGUAAGGGCGUGUUAAUUAUUAUUUUAUAAGGGGGUAGGGGAGGGAGUUUGUUAACGACCAUGAUGAUCAUGUCAUUAAAAGCAGUAUUUUUUUUGUGGCAUAUGCGUUUUUUUCCUUUUAAAUAAUCAGCGCUUCUGUUGCAACAGAACGUAGAAAAGGGAAUGUAUUGCUCCUUAAACCACUAGGAGAACUGUUUCAUUUGCAAGAUUGUGGAGACUUUUUGCCAAUUAUACAUUUUGCUAAUUCGAUGUAAUAUUAAUUACCCCUUAAUUUGACUUCAAUUGUUUAUAUUUAUACGUAUCUGCGUACAUUCUAAUUGUACCAUGAACCUUUAUUCUGAAAGGUCCUUUUGGGAAGAAUUAAGUGUACCUGUAGGUAUGUGCCAUGUCUUUCGCGUGUUUUGUGAAGUUUAAAUUAUGAUAAAUUCUUUUCUUUGUUUUUGGGCCACCUGUGCGGUAAGGUGGGCUAGAUUCAUGUGAAAAAUAAUAAUGGACAACUGUUUUUCUCGGGAAUUGUAUAUAUUUUCUGUGCAGUGGCAAAGAUGGUUGAACAUACAUGUUAUAUGUAGUUUGUGAAUAAGGAUGAGUGUUGAUUACAUCAAAUAUAGAGAAAAAGCGACUAAAUUUUUUGCCUGGUUCGUCUUUUCCUUUGGUUACGUGACGAGGGACUAGUUUCCCUUUGCUGGUACUUCGCAGUAUGCAUUCUCCCUUCAACUUUUCUUUUCCGGAAUAACGACGGUUUCCAGUUGAAUCUACACACAGUAGUAUCUCACUGUCGUUUUAUAAGGAUUGUUUGCGGUUUUUUCUUUACAAUCACAUACGAAUUGCCGGUCGGUCGUGUUGUUCCGCCGAUCAUGAGCAGACUGAGUAGAGAAUUACAAUAGCUUUUGUUGUACAAACGAAAAUUAGGGCAUAACAAAUACAGCUGUUUCCAGAAAACUUGUGUAAUUCCGCCUCAUUAGCCCUUCACACCCUAACAUCAGUAAGCAUAUUCUCCAUACUGUUCUUUAUACAUUUCCUAAGGUGCUGACAAGGAGAAUUUGUAAACUAAUCAAAGCUUUUUUCGUUGGUGAUCAUUUCCUUUAUUCUCAUGACCUUAAUGUGUGAUUUAGGGGUGAUAUUGUGUGGAGAAAUUAGAUGCUAGUCACUCUUUGGGUUAAAGGGUCAAGUCUCUUUAUGAGAGACUAAUUACCUGCCCUGCUGAGGAAGAGGGAAGGGAGCAAAACAAUAAACUUAGCGGAGCCGCGUUAAAACGAUAGGGAAGAACCCGCGAAAAGAAUUUUAACAGCUUAUAGUCAUACCCAAGAAAUACGAAUGAUUUAUUAAACCGCGUGGAAACACGAAAAAAUGGAAACACUUUGCUAUCCAUUAUAUAAACUUUUAUGAAGUUGGAUUGUGAUCACAGUCAAUUUAUCUGAAUAUCUGAAUUUAUCGUGAACUUGGAGCAAGGAAUAAUUACUCUUUCGAAAGUGUUGUCGUUCCGUGACGGUUUCCUUGACAAUUAUACUCACAGUCAACAAUAGUGCAGUCGCCCUUUUCCUCGCUUCCACCACCUGAGGGACUGAGUCGGGCCUGAUACCUGAUUUACUGGGGCAAGAAAUCGCACAGAAGACUCUAUUGCCUCUGUCAUAGCAUCGUGAAUAUAGAAAAUACAUUUUCAAACAAGUUAGCGAAGAAUUCAGAUUAGGAAAGAGCCGCUGCCACCAAAAACCCUCUCGAAUUGAUAGCCUUUGAGAAAGCCCUCAUUGAAUAACUUUAGGUGCCUUGAACAACAGAAGACGGCGAGAGCUCUUUUGGUGGUCUGGCAUUAUUUAUUAGUGCCAGAUCCCUUGAAGACCUCUCACAGGCACGCUUUACCAAGACUCAGUCGCGUAAUCUUGAGGAGGUAACAAGAAUGUCCAAAUCCAAAGAUGUUGCAAAGAGUUACCAGCAUGCGUCGCUUUUUCAAAGAGAGGAAGGAAAAAAACUGAUCGAUGAUGUACAGAUUCAUCGCGGACAUGUUAUCCUAGAUUUGGGCUGCGGCACUGGAGAACUGUCUGCGUAUCUGUCGGAGCUCGUAGGAGAAGAUGGAAGAGUCGUUGCCGUUGAUCCCGACAGUUAUCGAGUAGAAGUGGCGCAAGAAUCACACAGGCAAGUCAAAAAUCUCGAGUUUCAAGAAGGAAGCUCUGCCAGCUUCCCAGGAAUGGGCUCGGAGACUUACGACAUCGUCUUCUCCAACUUUGUGUUGCACUGGAUUAAGGAUAAAGAAGAGGCAUUCAAGAACAUGUUUCGGAGCCUGAAACCAGCAGGGAAAAUUGUUCUGACUUACAACGAUCGCUUACCCUCCAUCGUCAGUAAAAUUUAUCGUGAACUUCAAAACUCAGAAAGCAUGGAACGUAUGCUAAGCAAAGUCUAUUGCGAGAGAAGGUCAAAAAUUGAGGGCAUGUGUUCGGCUGCGAGAUUCGACAUCGUGAAAAGCUUCGACGUCAAGAUGAAAGAUUUUGAGUUCGAAAAUGUUGAAAGUAUGUGCUCAUUUAUCGCAGCAACUCAUCAAGGCAGGUUUGUUUCAGAGCUAGCUACGAGAGAUAAGGUAUCGAGGUUUUGUGCUCAGUACACAAGCGGGGAAAAUUCUAAACCGUUGACGUUAUAUACUGAUGAAGGAGAUUAUUACUCCGUAUUGAUUGCAGCCAAACCAUAA